UAAAGGGGCGCGUGCCCGCGUCAGUAACUCGUGGCACGGGUCUCUGUUUACACACCUUUGUUGAGACAAGAUGAAGAAAUUACUCUCGUUGAUUUUCCUCUGUCAUGUGGCAUCUCCAGUUAAACACUCCUUGAAGUUUUUUACAACUGGAUCUUCUGGAUUCCAAAACGUCCCAGAGUUUGUGGCUGUUGCAUUGGUUGAUGAAAUUGUUGUGGGUUACUGCGACAGCAGAAAAAACAUAGUUGUUCCAAAACAGGACUGGUUGAGAAGAUUAUUCGAAAGUGAACCUCAGCAAUUGGACUUCUACAAUCGAGAAUGUGCUGAGAUUGUGCCGAACCUUUUCAAAUCCUCGAUUUACCAUCUGAAGCAGCGCUUCAACCAAACAGGAGGUGCCCAUAUUUUACAGAGGAUGAAUGGCUGUGAGUGGGACGAUGAGACUGGAGAAGUUGAUGGUUUUAUUCAGUUUGGUUAUAACGGAGAAGACUUUUUAUCAUUGGAUCUGAAGACACUGACAUGGAUCGCUCCAAAACCACAGGCUGUCAUCACCAAACAGAGAUGGGAUGCUGAGAAAGUUACAAUGCAAUUCCAUGAGUAUUCCCUCACUCAGGUAUUCCCUGAAUGGCUGAAGAUGUAUCUGGACUAUGGCAAGAGCUCUCUGCUGAGAAAAGACCUUCCUUCAGUGUCUCUCCUCCAGAAGACUCCCUCCUCUCCGGUCAGCUGUCACGCUACAGGUUUCUACCCUGAGGCAGCCAUGAUGUUCUGGAGGAAAGAUGGAGAGGAGAUUCAUGAGGACGUGGACCUCGGAGAGAUCCUCCCCAACCCCGAUGGAUCCUUCCAGAUGAGCGUUGACCUGAACCUCUCAUCGGUCAAACCUGAAGACUGGACGAGGUACGAGUGUGUGUUUCAUCUCUCUGGUGUGAAGGACGACAUCGUCACCAGACUGGACAAAGCAGUGAUCAGGACCAACAGAGUUUCUCCCUUAGAGUUUCCUGUUGGUGCUGUUAGUGGAGUUUGUAUUGGAUUGAUGCUGCUAGCAAUCAUCUGCAUCACUGGACGUUUCUGCUGGAAGAAAAUAAGAAUAUGAAUGGAUUCAUGGCUGCAAACUCUAUUCAGUGAAGAUUAGAAGAAGACACAUAUCUCCAAUGAAGUGGUUGUGGCACCAAUAUUUUAUAAGGUUAUGUUAUGCAAUAUAAAUAUGUAUUAACAAAACUUGUUUUACUGAAACAUCGAACUUGUGAAGUGUUCAUAGUUCGAAUUUAACUGUUUCAGAUUGUCAGUGGAUGCAGUGAAGAAUAAUUAACUGAGAAGUGAUAGAAUAAUUUAAUCUGCAGAUGUUUCUGCAGAACUUUGGUGUAAAGAUCACUGCAGCAGCUGUCACACAACCAUUGGUGGAAAAAAUGUUCAGAUCCUUUAUUUAAGUAAAAGUACCACACUAUGCAAUUACUCCAGUAAAAUAAAAGUCCCACAUUCAAAACUUACUGAAGUAAAAGUAUAAAACUAUCUGCAUCAAAAUGUACUUAAAGUAUCAAAAGCAAAAGUACUUUUUAUGCAGAAUGCACCCACUCAGAUUGUUUUAUAUAUUCCAUAUAUAUUAUUGGAUUAUUUGGAUUGAUGCAUUUAUGUUUGUGUUUUAAUUUUGUAAAGAUAGGGCUCAUUUAACUACUUAAUAUACUUUGAUGAGGUUUAAUUUAAGAAAAGUCUAAGCAUUUUAAAUGUAUCAUGUUUUUUAUGUUACUAAAGGUGUCAGCUAAA